GCCCCCUCCCAUCUUCCCCCCUCUUCCAUGUCUCAGAAUUUGGCCUCCUUCCGUUAGAGCCAUGAACUCCAAGUCCAAUCUCUCUCUCUCUUUCCUCACCAAUCAUCCAACCCAAACCCUACCCCCACUACCCCCCUCCUCCGACGGCCGGCCGCCAUCUCGCCGGCGAACAAACUCGCGCACACCGUCCUUCUCCAGCUCCACCUCCUCCUUCUCCAGCUCCCCUUCCUCCUUCUCCACCUCCUCCUCCCCUUCCCCCUUCCACAGCCUCCUCCCCUCCUCUUCCAUCCCCUUCUCCUGGGAACGCCAGCCCGGCAUUCCCAAAUACAUCUCCGCCGCAGCCGCCGCCUCCGGCGGCGGCGACGAGAGAAAUCUCCUUCUCCCUCUCCCUCCGCCGCUCAGAUCCGUCUCCAGAAUCGCUCAGAAGAAACGAUUCAACGCCGCCGUCGAUCCAUUCACCGCUGCUCUCGUCGAAUGCGCUAAAGAAUCGUCGGAUGCUGAUGCGAUCUGGUGGCGGCGAUCUGAUGGAUCUGGAGGCGCAGUAGAUAAGAUGGUGGGAAUCUGUCGCCGGACUGUAAUGGCGGAUCGAGCGGGUUUUCAAGACCUUUUCGGCUCUUUCAGCUGUAAAACCUCUUGUUCGGUAUCUGAUGCGACGACGAUCGCGGUUCCGAGAUCUAGGGUUCGGUCGGCCGGAGCUUAUGGGUUAUUGGACCGGCGGUCGGAGUGAAAUUCGGUAGGAGUUAGUAUAGCGAAUAAAAUAAUUGCUGCGAAAUGAACUCAUGCCGCUGUAAUUUCUGUUCCAAUUUUUAUAUAUAUUUUGUUCUGGAUUUUGUAUCAUUUGCGGUUGGAGAAAAAAUUGGGAUAUCAUCUUUAAAUUUGA